AUGGUUAAGCAGAUCCAUCUACAAACAGAUUCCUUGUCCUUGAUUCCGAAAAAGUAUCGCGGAGAAGCCGAUGAUCCUCACUUUAUACCCGACUCUCCAUUGAUUGAGAGGCAGGUUUUAACCGAACAAGAGGAGGCCGAAUUGAAGCGCAUGUGCUCAUUAAUGCUCGCCAAUGUACAACACUCGGACGACAUGUCGGACGACCCCCUCAAAUACAUCGCAGCCCAGAUUCACGAAGGCAAUCCACCCCCAGAUAAAGUUAAACAAGUACCAAGGUCCGAGGCAUCACAACGGCAAGAUACAAACGUCACACAGGAGAUUCUGGAUCUUCAUAUCGACUCUGCACUCUCCUCCAAGGUUUCCCAUCGCGACACCUUUUCGAGCGCAGACGAUUACUCGACGCCGUUGACCAGCGCAGGAUUCACACCUGUGGAGACCACACGACGAUUUUCUGACACCACACGAAAGUCCGCCGUAAGUGCAAAGCGAGCCGGGAGCAGCCUGCGCAACGAGACUUUGGGAGUGAUGAAGAGUCGGAAAACAUCGAGCUCUGGUCUACAGAGAACGGCCGAGCUGAGUACAUUGUCACCUGACGCGGAUACUGUGAGACGCAACCUCCGAAUUGUUCCUUCAGACUCUUCACCAUUACGGACGAGAGCCGUUAAAUCCAUGGACGUUCCUCGCGACUCGAGGUUUUCCGCCCCAGACUUGAACAAAGAGCUGCCCCCACCUCCUCCAGAGCAAGUUCAGACAGAUGAUGAGGCACAGCCUCACAUCAGCCGAUUAAUGAAGACUAUCCGCAAGAAGAAGAGCCCGACUACGGAAAAUAGAAGCUUUUCGACUGCAUCGGCACCGUCUGGGCCCAACUUGGAUUCCAACCCAGCUUCUGCCAAGGAAAAGAUAUCAUGCACUCCAGCAGCACGACAAGCUCCCGUGCAAGUUCAGACCGAAAGUAUUCCUAAAAAACGAUUUCGACUUCGUUUGUUUUCACGAAGGCAAAGGCCUACCGAUAUCCUGGUUACUUGA